CCCUCAUCCCGCCUUCAUACACCUAGAGGUACAUAUACCAGGUCCAGCUGCGCUUUGGUUGCAGAUCCCUGCCUGGCCACCGAAUCCAUACCUAUAGGUAGUGCAGCCCUCUGCAAGAAUCCCGCCUUCCCCUCGCCUUUUCGAUCUCGGUCUCGACCGAACAAGUUCCUGGGCUGUUGUCAGAAAACAACUGCCAUUUUCACACUCGCUCCGCUAUUCCUUUAGGUGAUCGUUCGUCAACUGCACAGGUCCUUUCGUUCGCUUUUCAUCACAAUCCUUCUUGGCUACGAAGACAUCAGGGUAACGCACGAUAUCGAAUGGACAAACACUCGAUACGAUACCCCGAGCACAUCAACUAGCUUACAAGACCAUGGACUAUACAAACCCAACAUACUUCGGCGCCGCCGCCCAGCCGCCGUACCACUUUAUCGGUAUUCCUCCCCUCACCCCCUCGCAUUCAAACUCGGCCUCUUCGGACGACUUCAACGCCUCUCCACAGGAAAUCUUCGACCAAUUUCCGAACGGGCUCCCACAUGACCAGUUCCAGAACUUCGAGGCGUUUGCCCAGUUCAACAACCAAUCAACGACCUUUGCCGGGCCCCCGACUCCUCCGACCCAGCAACUUCUUCCGACCACGCAGCCUACGAACGGCGCCAUACACCUUCAGCAUCAACAGCAGUCCGCAGCCGACCUCCUACGAUCCCUCAACAAUGCCAAAGGAGACCCCGCCGACGAAGCCCGAGCCCGCAGACAGGGCUCAAACUCGGAUGAAGACGAAAACUUGACACCCGCUCAGUCGAGGCGGAAAGCCCAGAAUCGCGCCGCUCAACGAGCCUUCCGCGAACGCAAAGAACGCCACGUCAAAGAACUCGAGAACCGUCUCCAACAGCUGGAGGAAGAAGCCCAGGUGACAAGGUCAGAGAACGAAAAGCUGAAGCAGGACCUCCAAAAAAUCAGCACCGAGAAUGAGAUAUUGCGGGCGACAUCUUUAGCGGCUGUCGGUGCUGCCGCCGCCGGGUCGCCACUAGGGAGCGCCGGGACGCCGAUGACGACGGGCCCCAUGUCGUACAAGCCGACCGAUUUUUACUCUAAUCUGCUGGAGAACCAUAACGAGAAGACACCGAGCCACCGGGUGGUCAAGAGCGAGAGCGGGGAGCGCCUGUUGGCAGCUGGUGCGGCUUGGGACCUGAUGCAGAACCACGAACUUUUCCAGCGCGGGUUGGUCAAUAUUCAGGCUGUCAGUGAGCUUCUGAAGGGCCAGGCGAAGUGUGAUGGCCAGGGUCCAGUGUUCGAGGAGAGGGCCAUUUUGGAGGCGAUCGAACAGAGUGUGGCAAGUGGGAGCGACGAGUUGCUAUGAGGCAGCGGCUCCCGAACUGCGGUCGAGAAGUACGGGGAUAGGCGCAUCCUAGACGGAGAUACCCCGGCAGAAGCACCGUAUAGGACGACGGAAACACCGGGCAUCUAUCACGCAAAGGAGAAGCGAGACACGAGUCACCAAACGAUAGCAGGGGCAAAGAGGAUACAUAUCAAGUCACAUACAAGCAUAUUGAGGGCUGGGUGGAAUAUUGGAUGAAUGGGUAUUGAAUUUCAACCACGAAGCCCAUAUCUUCGUCGGUUUGACAGGUGUUCGAAGGGGUGGUGGUAACUUGGGGGCAAUCACGGGAACCUCAUUUGCAUUUGUCUUGGAGAAGCGGAGUUGGUUUGUCUUUUGGAAUUUGUAUAUGACAAUGUCUUUGACCUAGGUGAUGAAGAACAAACACUACAAGAUGGAAAUGCCAAGACUACAUAGCCUGUCUAUAACAUGUCUUUGACCUAGGUGAUGAAG